CAUUGACAUCAAUCAACACCUGAUUGUCAUACAAAUCGCUCUCAAAAUGUUCGCUACCGCACUAGCCCUCGGCGCUCUCUUGGCGGCUGUCAACGCCGAUCUUUACCCAGGAUACGGUCACGCGGUCUCCUCACAGAGCAUCAUCAGACAUGACGCCGGCUACCCUGCCUUAGGCCACGCUACGCCCUACGCUGGGUACUAUGGUGCCGCCCCUGCUUACUACGGUGGCCACAAUGAAUAUGCUUAUCCGAAAUACAACUUCGCAUACUCCGUGGCUGACCCCCACACUGGCGACAACAAGUCGCAGCACGAGAGCCGUGACGGCGACGCUGUGCAUGGCCAGUACUCACUGGUGCAACCUGAUGGCUCCGUGCGCACUGUUGAUUACAGCGCUGACGCACAUAACGGUUUCAACGCCGUUGUUCACAAUUCAGCCCCCCUCGUGCACGCAGCGCCUGCCUAUUAUCAUUACUAAGAAGUUUUGAUCUGAAAGAAGUUAAUUUAACUUUAUUUAUUGGAUUUUAAAUCAACGUAAAAUUAAACAAUAAAGACUAAUUGAAUUUUGAAUUUUAUUUUAAUUUUGUGUAUCCCUUUGAAUGUAUGUAAUUAAAAAUAGACUCAAUCAAGCGUA